GAAAACCGGAACGGAGAAAAUAAACGGUGUACCUUGCUCUCUAUCGUCAUCUUAUUCUGGAUGUAUCACUCGAAUCAUCAUAGGACCUUCCGUCGAAGAGAAUGACAAGCAAAAUCCGAAUAUCCAACCUGAAAAGAAAUUUACGGCAGUAAUUGGUUGGAGUGGUGGUGGUGAUGUCAAUGGAAAUUCUCAAUCAUCCAGAAUCGUUCUACAACCAAUGAUUUCUUGACUUGGUGUCAGUCUGUGGUCUACUGGAUUGAGUUGAGGCAAGUAAAGUGUGCAAUGGCAGUGCCAGCGGCCGGGGGUGUAGACCUCAGUCGGAAAUUUGUGUCAGAGACUGAGAUCGAGGAGAAAAGGAAGCAAAGACAGGAGGAAUGGGAAAAAGUUAGGAAGCCAGAGGACCCAGAGGAGGCUCCUGAGGAAGAGUAUGAUGGGCGUUCACUCUUUGAGCGGCUACAGGAGCAGAAGGACAAGAAGCAGGAGGAAUACGAUGAGCAGUUUAAAUUCAAGAACAUGGUCAAAGGCCUGGAUGAGGAUGAGUCUCACUUCUUGGAUGAGGUCUCCAGGCAACAGAGCCUGGUGGAGAAACAACGCAGAGACGAGGAGCUGCAUGAACUAAAAGAGUACAGAAGUGCUCUGAAAAAACUGGCCUCCAGUGAGAGUCGGAAGGAGCCAGAGAGGAGGGCAGGACCUAAACCAGCAGAGGUCAAGACCAGUCACCUGUCCCAGGCACACCUGUUGGCUGGGGCGGUCAAGCGACGCAGCUCUUCACAGUCCUCAGACAAUAGCAAGAAACAGAAGGUUGAGGAGUCUGCAGCAGGGAAUGGGGGCCAGACAGAGCAGGAGGCGGGCGGAGGUGCGGGUGAGCAGGGCUCCACAGUAAAGACAACAGGUGUCCUCCACCUGCCAUCGGCCGCCGUGUGUGUGGGCAUCCUGCCGGGCCUGGGAGCCUACUCCGGCAGCAGCGACUCUGAGUCCAGCAGCGACAGCGAAGUUUAAAUCCCUGGCAGCCUAACCUGAUGACACCCCCCUGUGGCUGCAGCUCUGCUAUUGGCCAAGGAAACAGUGACUGACAGCUGUGGAUCAAGGACAAGACUGCUAGACUGUCACAUCACGUUCAUACCUUACCUUAGACAACAUCAAGAAAGCAAGCCAGAGCAUUGUCUCAGAUGCAAUGUAUGUGGAAAUGUUUUUCCUUUAGUUUCUUUUUGAUGCGUCAGUGCAAAUAAUGCUGGAUUUUAAUGGACUUCUUUCUCUCCAUAAAAAUGUUUGAUCAUGGGACGAUCAAGGCUUGGGGAGGAGAAAAUAAAGAGUUUUCCCGUU